CAAUCGCUAUACGCAUGCGCACUGUAAAUAACAGAAAGCGCGAAACCUAAACAAGUCGGUUGAUAUCCUGGUGUAAUGAUUCAAGUUUGUGAGGCAGAUAGGUUUUUGUCAUGAUAUUUGCAUUUAAUCUGAAUGUUUUUACUUUUAUCCGCACGUAAGUUAGUUAUUUGUUUAUUUUUCGGUGACGUUUAUUUCCAGCUCAGAUAAACGACAUUAGCAAACAUGAAGCCUGUGCGAGGUUCAAAACGAGCCUCUUCACAGGCGCCCAGUUUGAAGAAGAAACGAGCCAAACCUCAAAAAUCAUCAUCGGAUCAGGACGAAGAACAAAGUGAUGGAAACCAAAACAAACCCACUUACUCCAAAACGGUUCACAAAAAGAAAGCCUCGUCGGUCCGGAAGAAGAAAGGAGUCCCAGACAGCUGGGUGUUGAUGCCGGGCUCCUCCAUCACUGCUGUGGAGAACAUCCUGGACCUGUCAAUACUAACAACUCUUGCCUUGAGGACUUCAGACAAGAAGGAGAGUCAGACACAUCUGAACACUCUGAAAACCAGGUUUUUAUCAGAUUGUGCUCAGCUCAAAGUGCCAAAGGUGAAGCAGAAACACACGACUCAUGUAUCUCUUUACCGCCAAGAGGAGACCAAAAAGUCACUGAUGGGCCAAAAGACUCUCAGCUCGCUCAAGAAAGACUUGAAGAGCGUGGUCAGCGCGCUGGAGAAGGUAGAAGAACAGACAGUGUUGCUGGAGCGUGAGUGCAGUACCUUAAGAGAAGAGCUGGAGGAGGAAGAAGAGAAAGCCAAACAGAUUUUACAAAUAGCAGAUCGCUCCGUUCUCAAACUUCCUCCUGUUCCAUCACUCGCAGAAGAAGACACUUUACAGUCUCGCUUGAAGAAGAUCAUACCGGCCAACAGUUUUGAGUCGGUUGCUCGCAAACUGGGAGCAGCCUUACAGAAACCCAAAGCCAACCAGGAGGCGCAGGCGCUCCUCACAGAGGCUCAGAAAAAUGCUGAGCGGCUCUUUAACCCUCUGCAUAAAGAUGGGUGAAGUUCCUGCCAAAGACAAGCCUCUAACGCUGAAAUAGUUUCUACCGUUUUUGCUGAACUAGACACGAUUUACCUGUUUGUUACUCUGAACGUGUGUGUCUUGCUGUGGUGAAUGAUAUCUGAAAGCCAUUUCCCUUUUCUUGUUUUUUUCACUAGAGCUCACCACAUAUUAUUUCCCUUUUGUCAUUUUCUGUUGAAUUCACCACUUUACUUCUCAAAGAUGUAACUGGGAAUUUGUGUUUGAUUGAUCUUUCAAAUAAAAAUCUUUUUGUCCAGUUUUGUGGACUAUAAAACCCAAA